AUGUCACACUCUCCACUUAAGCAAACGUUCAGCCUCGCUCUCCUCCUACUAGGCCUCGGUAUCCUCCAUGCCUUCAUCACCACCGUUGUCCUCACUUCCUUCUUUGAUACCCGCCCUCCGGUCUUCGAUCAAUGUCGUUACCUUCUCUGCAACAUCACUCUCGCAUUUUCUACGAGGUUUCAGGCUCAAAGUCCCGUUCGACACAUUCAAAAAUUCCUCUGCUUCCAUACUCCCAUUUACCCUGCACCUGAAAAUAUGUGGAGCGACAAGAUUAUUGCUCUGCGCGUCGAGUCCAGGUGAUAUGGACGGUGUGAGCUGAUCAUCAUUGAUCCAAAGGAUUUAGAACUUGUUUGAUAAGAAGCCCGCGAGAAAUUUAUUGAGUACGAUCCAGAGCGGAAGGUUGGCGGUCGUUAUCUCAUUGUGUCUAUCAUAGCUAUCCAGUAUAAUCGAG